AUGAGUUCUGCUGUGAAAUGUUUAUUUGUCGUUGAUUUCUUCAAUAAACAAAACCUAAACAAGUUAGUAUCAGCAAGAAGAACAUCUUCUAUUGAGCUUUUCUUUUCCAAAGAUGGCAAUCACUUUCUCUCUGUCAGCAAUAUAAAUCCAAUGAAAAAUCGAUUCCUUUUGAUGAGUGAAACUGUUUGCGGGCUCAUAAAAGCAUGUCAAGAGGUUUAUGAUUGCUUCGAAGCAUCAAAUUUUUAUCUCCGUUUGAUCGAGGACAUCGCAAACAGUGGAUGUGGCCAAAAUCCUCGAAAUCCCAUAAAAUGA